UUCCCGGCCGCCGCCAUUGUCGCGCUCGGAGCCUCUCAGCGUAGGCGGCCGAGGCGGAGGCCGCGGCUGCGGGAUGGCGGACGCCGACAAGCCCGAAGCGCUUAGAGCCGCAGGCGACGACAGCUCGCAUCAGCAGCCCACGGAGUCGCCUGGCCAGCUCCGGCGAGAACCUCACCCGCCGGAGCAGGAGAAACAGCCGCCACAGCACAGCAGCAGCUCCAAUGGCGUUAAAAUGGAGAAUGAUGAACCAGUCAAAGAAGAGAAAUCUGAAUUAAAAGAAAAAUCUAUGGGAAAUAAGAAAGCCAAUAGAUUUCAUCCUUAUUCAAAAGACAAGAAUUCAGGCACUGGAGAAAAGAAGGGUCCAAAUCGUAACAGGGUUUUUAUUAGCAACAUCCCAUACGAUAUGAAGUGGCAAGCCAUUAAAGAUCUAAUGAGAGAAAAAGUUGGUGAGGUUACAUACGUGGAGCUCUUUAAGGAUGCGGAAGGAAAAUCAAGGGGUUGUGGUGUGGUUGAAUUCAAAGAUGAAGAAUUUGUAAAGAAAGCACUAGAAACUAUGAACAAAUAUGAUCUUAGUGGAAGACCCUUGAAUAUUAAAGAGGAUCCUGAUGGAGAAAAUGCUCGUAGGGCAUUGCAGCGAACAGGAGGAUCGUUUCCAGGAGGACAUGUACCUGAUAUGGGAUCAGGGUUGAUGAAUUUACCACCUUCCAUUCUCAAUAAUCCAAACAUUCCUCCUGAGGUUAUCACUAAUUUGCAGGCUGGUAGACUUGGUUCCACAAUUUUUGUUGCUAAUCUUGACUUCAAAGUUGGUUGGAAGAAGCUAAAGGAAGUGUUCAGCAUAGCUGGAACUGUAAAGCGGGCAGAUAUUAAAGAAGACAAAGAUGGCAAGAGCAGAGGAAUGGGCACAGUCACUUUUGAACAAGCAAUUGAAGCAGUUCAAGCAAUUUCUAUGUUCAAUGGGCAGUUUUUGUUUGAUAGACCUAUGCAUGUGAAAAUGGAUGACAAAUCUGUCCCUCAUGAAGACUACCGUUCACAUGAUAGUAAAACACCACAAUUACCACGUGGUCUUGGAGGUAUUGGAAUGGGACUUGGUCCAGGUGGACAGCCUAUUAGUGCCAGCCAGUUGAACAUAGGUGGUGUAAUGGGAAACCUAGGCCCAAGUGGUAUGGGAGUGGAUGGUCCAGGUUUUGGAGGAAUGAAUAGGAUUGGAGGAGGAAUUGGGUUUGGUGGUCUGGAAGCAAUGAAUAGCAUGGGAGGAUUUGGAGGAGUGGGCCGAAUGGGAGAGCUAUAUCGUGGUGCGAUGACCAGUAGCAUGGAGAGAGAUUUUGGACGUGGUGAUAUUGGAAUAAAUCGAGGCUUUGGAGAUUCCUUUGGUAGAAUUGGCAGUGCAAUGAUUGGAGGGUUUGCAGGAAGAAUAGGAGCUUCUAACAUGGGUCCAGUAGGAUCUGGAAUAAGUGGUGGAAUGGGUGGCAUGAACAGUGUGACUGGAGGAAUGGGGAUGGGACUGGAUCGGAUGAGUUCCAGCUUUGAUAGAAUGGGACCAGGUAUAGGAGCUAUACUGGAAAGGAGCAUCGAUAUGGAUCGAGGAUUUUUAUCGGGUCCAAUGGGAAGCGGAAUGAGAGAAAGAAUAGGCUCCAAAGGCAACCAGAUAUUUGUCAGAAAUCUGCCUUUUGACUUGACUUGGCAGAAACUAAAAGAAAAAUUCAGUCAGUGUGGUCAUGUAAUGUUUGCAGAAAUAAAAAUGGAGAAUGGAAAGUCAAAAGGCUGUGGAACAGUCCGAUUUGACUCCCCAGAAUCAGCUGAAAAAGCCUGCAGAAUAAUGAAUGGCAUAAAAAUCAGUGGCAGAGAAAUUGAUGUUCGCUUGGAUCGUAAUGCAUAAUUUGAAACCACGGUUGGAACAUUCUUACAUCUGUUUUGCUGAAUCUCCUAGUAAAAGUCAUUUUUAAAGUAAUACUGUAUGCUUAUAGAAGUUGUAAAGAUGAACUUUUAAAACUCCCACCAGCUUUUAACAGUAUAGUGUUAAAUAUACUGUGAUUUUUGUUAAUCUCAAGUUUGGGUUUUAAAGACAGCAAGUCUGGUCAUUCAGUUUAAAUGAAUGGUUAUACUAUUUUUAAUGAAAUAAGCCAUUUUCUUGUUAUUUUCAGUUCUACAUAGCGGGAUUUGUUUGUUCAAGUGUUCCCAGCUUUUAUCAACUUACUGUAAGGUAAAACGUAGGUGGUUCUUUUUUUAAAAAAAACUUGUUUUAUAUAUGUAAUUGUCCUUGAAAAGGAAGGGCUCAGACAAAUUAGGAUAUGAUUUUGGUUAGUUUUAAAAAUACGUUUUGUUGAUGAUAAAGAAUUACUGUAAGUUUUAGUUCAGAAUAUUUUUUAUUUGACUUAAAUGAAGAAAUGGAAUUUUCCUUCUCUGCCACUCCCCAUCAUUCACAUUUUCCACAUAACAUUAUUAACGUUAAUCUCCACAGCCCCUUAUUUUAUUAUUUCCAAGAAUUCCAAGUUCAUAUAAAACUGAUAAUGUAGCAAGCCCCAAGUAUAAUAACAGGCAGACUAUUCCCAACUUUCUGUCUAGUUUCCAGCCAUUGAGGUGAACUGCUAAGAGAAGAAAAAUAAUCGAAAUGUUGAGAAAGAUGGUUAUGUAAGUUAGUCCUCUACUGUUCACUUCUACAGGAGCAGAUGUGUUUAUAAAUGCAGUUUUAAUAAACCACGGAACACCUAGGCACAGCAUAUCAAACACGUUGGAUCCCACAAUGUUAGACAUAGCCAUAUCUCCUUUGCCUGCAAAAAAAGCAUGCUGUUAAAAUGUGCAUACCAAUACUGUCUUUUAUUAAUAAGCUUCAUAAGAAAAACACUGGAUACCUAUUUUGUUUGUUUUGGAAAAUUGUAUUAGAGCAAAAGUCUUAACUGAGUUUGUAUUUUUAAUUUGGGGGAUUAGUAUUUAAAGUCUUAACAUUUAUUUAUCUAAUAAUAAUUAUUUAUUAAACCAUUUUUCAAUAAGGUAUGUAGAUUAUUUGUGGCUUUUCAUUCUAACAUGGUUAAUUAUGAUUUAAUGCACAUUUCAAAUGAAUAUUAUUUAAAAUAUUAGAUUUAGUGAAAUUAAUCUGCUAUUAAAUAAUAAAGCCUUCCUCUUGAGUUACUCUUUUUUUUUUUUCUUCAAAGUAUGUUACUGAGAAAAUAAAUAUUUUAAAGGUACCUUUGCUCAGUGUAUUUCAGCUAGGCUUUAAGAAUGGGCAUUGCAGCUUGAGGGGUUUGGUUCUUACCUUUUUUUGCAACCAAGACACUUGCGAUCGUGUCUGGUAUGCUUGUUCCUGCUGCUAAUAAUGUAAGGCCCAUUACAGUAUCUGGAAUGUCUAAUGUUUCCCCUGUAAUAAACAUAGAUAUUGCAGAUUACAAGUCUUAAAUAGAUUCACUAACUCUUCUUUGCAUAUAUUUCUUUCCUGAACAAAAAGUAAAUAGGCACAUUUAUAUUUCAGAACCAAUAUGUACUUCAGUUUUAGUUAGCAAAAUAUUUAAAUAAUAUUAGUAAAUUGGGUAACCCAGAUAGCACAGAUUUUUAAUGAUAGGUAUUCAAAAAUAUUUAAAAGACAAAAUUCUACCGAGAAGUACCUGGUAUGCUUGCAGAAGUUUUGGGUGUCCACUGAUAACCUCAUCAAGGCUAUUAUUUAAUAUGUGCUAAUGAGAUUGGUCAUUUUCUCUUUGUUUUUAAAAACAUUUUUCUAAAGAGGUCAGAUUUAAGCAAAUUACUUAUAGCUGUUUUUAAACUAUUAAUGUGUUAACAUGGUGUGCAUUUUUAAGUUCUGCUUUAGUUACAUAUCUUAAUUUAGUGUUUUCUUUGGAAAAGUACCACAAAUAUUAGGAAAAAAAAAUAGUAUUCUGCUUGAGUCUUUCUAACUUUAUGGUCCCAGUUUUUAGUACUUUUGUUAAAUCUGAUGUUAGUUCAGUGUUUUUCAGAAAUGUGUUCAUUUUGGAAAACAGAACUAGAGGGAAGUUUUUUUUUUUUUUUUUGAAGUACAUAUAACUGCUCUUCAUACUGUAAUUGAAAACUUGCUUUAGAAUCUUUUUUUUUUCUUAAAAUUUCAAUUAAAAUCUUCAAGUAACAUAUUUAUUGCAUGCUUAUAUAUUGAUGUUGGAAUUGUAAUUGUUUGUUAAUUUUUGUUUACUGGUUUGCCGAAGUUUAUAUGUACAUAAAUAACACUAAUAUUUAUCAUCUUGGGGAUUGUUCUAUAAUCUAAUACUUGAUUUUUGCUCUUUUCUUGCUUUCCUGAUAUCAGUUGUGAUAUAGUUUAGAAAGCAAGCUAUUGGACUUUUUCAUCUUACUCAUUAAAAAAGAAAUAUUCUUAGAUAGUGUACUCUUCAGAAUCACAUUAAUUUGGGAAAAGUCAGAGGUCAGCAAACUUUUUGAAAGGGCAAGAUAGUAAUUAUUAUUGGCUUUGCAAGCUUAAAUAUGAUCUCCAUCACAUUUAUCAGCUCUGCCAGGUAGUGUGAAAGCAUCCAUAGACAACAUAUAGAGGGAUAAGUGUGACUUCGGUAAAAUUUUACUUGCAAAAACAUCUAUUGUGGCACAUAGGUGGUAGUUUGCUCACCUCUGAUAUGAGUCCAUUUAGGUUAAGCUUUUGGGGAGAAAUUAGCAUUUUUUUUUUUUGUUGUUGUUGUUCUGUGUUUAUAUUCACUGUUUCCUUCUGGACUAGGAGUUCUCUGGGACUAGAACUGCUAAUGCCCAAGCACUAGUAGUUAAAUCUUAAUCAUGAAGGUAGUAGAAACCUAAACUAAAACUUUAUUUUAUAACCUUUUUACUUAUUUCAUAGUACAUUUAUAUUGCUAUAUUAGAAAGCAAAAUAAAAUGUAAUCCAGUUAAAUGGUGAGCACCCAUUGUUUUCUCAAAACACUGGCACCUUGGUAUAUUUUUAUCAUGGAGUGAAAUUCAAUAUAAAGACUAUAUUAUGGACCCAUGCACAUGCUGUGAAUUCGAUUUCAUUUAUAACAUGAUCCUUUGAUUUGUACCCCUGAGCUGUGUAAUCAUGAGAAUAUAGUUGAUAUUUGAUAUGGAACUCACAAAACCUGAAUGAUCUUGUUGGUAUAUUAAUAUUUAAUCUUUUUGUAAAUAGCAGUAAUCUUUAGUCUUUGGUCAAAAAGGUAUUUGCUCUUUAACUAGACUACAUUAAGUGAAUAUAUGCUGUUUGUGCUUAUGUAAAACUGUUUAAUUUUAACUUAUGCUCUUGUACUUAAGGUACAUACCAGUUAUUGUGACCAUCCAAACCAGGAUAUAUGUAAAUGCAGAUAUCCACAGUGCUGACAUGAAAAAAGUUAUGACAAAAUAAUUUUUCCAAAACCUUCUUCUACAAUCUGGUAUGGUUAGAAAAAGUAGUAUAAUAAUGGGAAAGGAUAGUACCCAAAAAAUUCUUUUUAAGUCUGCUUCAGGCAUGUUGAAAACACUUGGUGGAUCUGUUAAGAAAAAAUUAAAUGAUUUUGAGUUCUCAAAUGGCCAAUUAAGUCAGAAGUGUCCAUUUAGAAAGCUAUAUUGAAAUAAAUUAGCUGUAUCCUUUUUUAAGGGGCUAUUUGAAACAUUCGAAUACCUCAUUACUGAUAUUGCUGGCAAAACGAAACUAAUUGAGACUUUAGGGCAGACAGUGUAAAGUGAGAUACUCAGCAUUUCUUGAUUUGGGGACUUAAAUCCAUCAAAAUGUCCUGGGUCAUGUAUUAAAUAUGCUAGAGACGUAAUGUUCAUAAAAUGUCAGUUCAGCAUCUCCUGGUUUUCUAGUGUGGGUGGUCUUUAGUAACUUUUGCUUAUGAGAUUACCUGGCAUCUUACCUUAGCUACUCCAGAUAUCUCCAUUUUCUAAAAUUGAUGAUACCUCUGGCCUGCCCUGAGUAUCAGAUAAUGUAUACUUAAGGAGUAAAUGGUAAUUAUGGCAUAAUCUUUUUAUUAAGUUGUAAAUUUUUUACGGCCUCACCUGUGGCAUAUGGAGGUUCCCAGGCUAGGGGUCAAAUAGGAGCUAAUAGCUGCUGGCCUAUACCAUAGCCACAGCAACGCCAGAUCCGAGCCGCUUCUGGGACCAGCACUGCAGCUCAUGGCAACACCAUAUCCUUAACCCACUGAGGGAAGCCAGGGAUUGAAACUGUGUCCUCAUGCGUAGUAGUCAGAUUCAUUUCGUAUUCAACUCCCUAAAUUGGAUAUUUUAAUUCUCAUUGUAAGUGACUGGGGGCUUGUUCCAUUAUUUUCUUUCAUUAAUUUACUAAACAGAAUUCACCACAAUUCUUAGGAAAAAAAACCUUAAGAAAAUAGGAACUAGUAUAGAAGCCACAAUGUUAACUUAUAAAACUUGAGUAUGUCUUUUUAUUCAAUUUGUUUUAUUAAAAUAAUGGAAGAUAAUAUAUUGGAUAAAAAUGGAAAAUCACUUUUUUUUUGGCCGUGCCUAUGACCCGUGGACGUUCCCGGGCCAGGGAUCAAACCCAUACCAAGUGCAGCAGCUUGAGCUGCUGCAGUGACAAUGCCAGAUCCUUAACCUGCUGUGCCACAAGAGAAUUCCAGGAAUUCACUUUAAAAUUGUUUAAAAUUUGUGUGGCAUUUACAACAUACUAUAUACUUACAUAUUAGGUCAAACCACUUUACAACUAAUGCUGGUACAAGAACUCAUAAAAAUUUUUUUGCCAAGCUUCAGCCAGUGGGCCAGCAAGUAACAUUAGAUAUAAUUUUCAUAUAAUAAAAAAUUUUGGGACUUUUUUUUUAGUUUCUCAUUACAAAAUUUAACUUAAGAGAUGUGUACCUCUUGCACCUGAAAGACUAGAAACUGUAAUUUUUAUAAGAAGAGGAAAAGUCAUGCUUUACUUUUUUAAGGUAAUAAAUUAGAAUAAGUUUUCUAAUGUUCUAAAGAAAGUUUAGAAUCUGUUUCUUAAAACCACUUUAUAAAAAAUAACCCAUAAAUUUAUAUUUCUGGCCCUCGCUGAAUCUGACUUCCUACUAAACAGUAAAUGUUUUUGCUCCUGCUUCAAAUGACAUAUUUAAAACUUGUAUCAUUCCUUUGUUUCUUUUUCCUCACACCAGCCCUUCUUCCCAAAUUCCUAGUUUUUGUGAGUGGUGUUCUUAUUUUCUCAGUCAUGACCAAAGCUUUAGUGUAACCCUUCAGUUGCCUAGUCUUGGUGAUGCUUCCUCUGUAUUGUCUCACUUCUGUUCUCUUUCAUUCCUACUGUCUUCACUCUGUCUCGAUGUCAGCUAAACAUAUCGAUCGUUUUAGUAACGUCUUACAGACCUCCAUGUCCUUUAUUUCACUUCUCAUAAUUUCUUGUUCACAAACCUGCAAAUACUCUUAUGUCACAUUUAAGACCUUUUCUGUCCUACUCCUUUCUAUCUACUUUUUCUCUGCUUCCACACUAUGCACAUUCUGUGCUCUACUUACCCUUACUACUUGAGCAGGCCUUUUGAUUGUAUUUCUUUUGUCAAUCCAUGGAAUACUGUUUACUCAUAUCUCCGUGUCAUUUAUUUAUGACUAAUAAAUAACAGCUAAUAAGACUUCAAAAGCUGUUACCUAUUAGUCAUAAAUCAGGUUGUUAGUUAAAAUCCUACUAUUCUACAAGGCUUAGUUUUACUGCUCCCUUCUCUGUGAUAACCUUUCCUAGCUAACUAUCCUCAUCAUUUUUAUACCAUAUAUUCCAUUCAAGAACCACAGUUAUGCUUUUUUUUUCCUCUUAAGCUUUCAUAUUUUAACUAUUUUUUUUUCCUAUAUUAUUAGAAGCUUCUUUAAGGAUAGGUCUGCCUCUUCAUCAUCCCUGAAUCCCCAUAGUGCUUUUUUAUAUAAGUAUAUAGUACUUUCUGAAUUGAACUGAAAUUAUGUUUUUCCAGUGAAUAAACUUAAUAGUGGGCAGAGUGUGAUUAUUACCUUCGGAAACCUGACUAAGACCAUGUAAACUUAAAGAAAGCUGGGAGUAGCCAGAAUCUUCAUGAAAUAUUCCACUGUCAGUUCUUGAUUGUCUUCGGAUGAAUGGUUGAUCCUCAUCUUCCCAUCCCAUCAGUGGCUGUUGUUCACUUCUCUCUUCCAUAGCUUUGCCAAGACAGGUACAGCAAGGACUGCAUUUCUUUAUAAUAUAUUGGUUAAUUUUAAUGUCAAAACACAGCACCAAAACAUAUAAUCCGUAUAUCAAAAUCAGUAAAGUUCCUUCAUACCUAUAAAUUAGAGAAAUUUGUGUGUUUUUAAAUUAAAAGUGAAAGUUACUUUAGAGUUAAUAGCUUUGGAGCAGUAUCUGCUUAAUAAUUUUCUAAUGCAGCAACAGAUCAGAAAUAGUCCAAAUAUAUUUUAGUUUUAUAGGUGUGUCCAGACUUGGUUAUAGCAUUAUUAAAAACUUACUGAUGAAAGAUUGACACUAUCCUAUCUAUAUUUCAGAAACAAGAAUUAUAAAAUCAUCAUCUUCAUUUGUAGUUUCCUUCCAAAUGUUGGACAUAAUAAGUUCUUUGAAAAUAAUAAUAAUUAUAGGUUUUCAAAAUAAAAGUGAAACUAAUGAAUAGUCAUAGGCAUUCACCUGAUUUCACUGGAAGAAUAUAAUAAUUAUAAGAAUAUGGUAACUAUUCAUUUCAGUUAUUCUAAUAUAGAAAUUUUGCAUAAAAUAUUCAGAAUAUAUUAGGCUUUGGCUGGAGAUUUUCAGUUGCUAUGCAGAGGUAUUUUGAUGAUUAUAACGUAAAUGAAUUUGGCUUAAAUUCACAAGAAAGCAAGAUAUUCUCAAAAAUAAAAUGGUACCUAAGGCACUGAGAACUGUCUUCCUAUACUUUAGUUUGCUGUUUAAAGAGCUGUGAUUAGCUGAUACCAUCACAUUUGAACCUUGAAUUUACCUGUUACCUUAAGCCAGUGAACCUCUGCUAGCGCUUGAAAGCACAGAGUUCUUGAUUUUCCUAAUGGAGGGAGCAUUAGCUUGGUUACUCUAACAGUCCUUGUCCCCUUACAGACGACCACCAAGUCCCAGAAACAUCCCAGUCAUAACCACCAGACUUUCCUUGGGAGACAGACUAGAUUUCAGGGUGAUUCCUUUAGAAAUUUUGCUCCCUAUUAAAGUUUCUUGAUAGCAAGUUUUAAUGCAGCAUUGCCCAGCUGUAGUAUUCCAGAGGGAUACUGUUUACAUUGUUCUCUUUUUCUGGUGUCCUCUGGCACUGGACAGUGUACAACCCAUGUGGCUAUGUUUUACAUUUCUUUAUCCCAUAGAUUCUUAGCAUAGUGAUAAACACCUAAUAAAUACCUAGUACUUAUUAGCUGAAAAAAUACCUGUCCACCAAGUCACUCCUUUUUUGUUUUUCUUGAAACAGCAAGAUGUGGGGGAUAUUAUAAAGAAAGGAACAGUUUUUAGUAUUGAAACUAAACAUUUUCUAUUUUUAGAGGAAGAAUAUAACUAUGUAGUUCCUUUUACAGAGUGAUUGUCAGGGAGAGGGAGGAACUUAAAGGGACUUCUUUUGCUUCCUUUGUUACCUUUCAGUCUUGGGACCAUGACCACUUCUAACCAAUGCAAGGUAAACAACCCAAUAAAUGAAAAAGCCACCUGGUGGGCCUUUAAUGGACAAAAGUUGGGAGACUUUCUGAACAAUCAGUGGGGAGAAAAAAGUGAUAACAUCUAGUGUUUAGACAAAAAAGGAAACUGACUUGACUGAAAAGAAAUCAUAAAGAAGGGAGAAGAAUCCAACCAGCAAUUGUGAUGAGGAGGUUAGCUCAGAAACCUACUGGAAAGUGCUGCGGAAGUGGCAGAUAACUUGAGAAGUGACAAAUAACAUUUCUGAAAAAAAGGAAAUGCCAACAGAGAAUUUUAUAAAAAUCGUCUUGUAAUUGUUUCACAAAAGAGUAAUGAUUAUUUCAUGCUUACCAGUAAACUUGGUUGUCAAAUAUUAUGGCAAGAACUGCUGCUACACUAAUCGCAUAUGCAGCACAGUCUCUGAACAGGGGCCAACAUGAUAGUGUUGAAACCUGUAAAACGAUCAUUAAUUUACUCUUUCCAUUAUGCUGUAACUUCUUCAAGUAUUUGAUUAAUGUAAUACUAAAAUUGUUUGUAUAUUUGUAGCUGAAAUAUUGUUAUCUUUUGCAUAUUGCUUAGAGAAAAGGGAAUUUUAAGAAAAACUGUUUCUAAGCCUAUUCUGAUUUUCAUAAAUUUGACCAAGAGCUAUUUGUGGGUUAACCUAAAAUGGAGUCCAUGUUGUUUUUUCUACUGAUUAAUAAAUUCAGUUGAACACAUUA